AUUUUUAUUGCAAUUUAAAGCUAAUUAAUCAUCAGUCAAAAAGUUUAUUGGUCAAUAAAUGCAACUUUUUUUUUUUGGUUCAAAAAUUAUCUUGAAAAUUCAAUCUUUCUGAGAGUAUGAGGUAGAUACAUAGUCAACCCUUCUGUCAGAGCCAGUUGCAGAGAGCAAAAAAAUCCAUCUUUUUGCUUAAAAAAUCAAUCUUUCUUCUAUAGGAAAAAGCCCAAGAAACCCCUUUUCUCUUUGUAGUAUAUUUUUCAUUAUCUACUUGUUUAGUUUGUAUAUUUUCAGCUGUUUUCAAGAUUACAAAUGAAACAAGAAAAAAGGUAUUUCUUGAUAGUAUCAUUAAACCUUUGUGUUUUAUGCUUCAUUUUGCAAAUAGAUAAAUGUUCUGCUGUUGAUCCACAGUUUGUAGUAUGUAAUAAUUCAGUAAAUUGUAGACAUGGUCCAAGAAUAAGCUUUCCAUUUUAUAUUGAAGAUGUUCAAGAAUCUUAUUGUGGGUACCCUGGAUUUGGGCUAUAUUGUAGUGAACAAGGGUUUCCUGCUGUACAUAUAGCUGGAAAUGAGUAUGUAGUUGAAGAUAUUAGAUAUCAAGAUCAUACUUUUCAGCUUAAAAAUUCAGUCUUUAACAGUAGUGUAAGGAAUGGAUGUGUUUCUGAUAUCAAGAAUAUGUCACUCGAUAAUCGCCCUUUUCAGUUUGUUAAGAAAUCAAAAAUUUACUUGUUGUCGAAGUGUAAUGGUUCGAUAUCUGAGAAUCUUUCGAAGCACAUGAUUCGUUUUGGUUGUGGUGGAGAAAAUGUGAAUGAUUAUGGUUAUGCAAUGUUAGCUGAUGAUGAAAGCUUUGAGUCUGCAUUACAAGUGUGUGAAAAACAUGUAAUGGCACCAGUAGAAAUGCUUGGUGAUGAGGGAAGUAAUCGAGAUGUUGACUAUCUGGGGAUUUUGAGAAGGGGGUUUAGAUUGAAAUGGACUGCUAGUAAUUGCAGUGAAUGUGCAGAAAGUGGAGGACAUUGCGGAUUUGAUGUUAUCGAUUAUCAAUUCGAAUGUUUCUGCACUGACAGGCCUCAUGCAUCGAGUUGCAAACCUUCCAGGAAAAAUAAUUUGGGGUUGAUUCUUGGCUCAGUUUUAGGUGGAGCUGUGUUAAUAAUCCUUGUGGUCACUUUCAUCGUUUGUUGUUACAAGAAAGAACACAAAAGUUGUUUGUACUUCACCUCGAGAAAAAAAUCUUGUGAUCGUUCCUUAACGCAUGAUUUUGAUGGAAGUAGUAAUUACCAUGGAGUCUCGGUCUUCUCCUAUGUUGAACUUGAAGAAGCUACAAGUAACUUCGAUUCCUCCAAUGAACUAGGAGAUGGAGGUUUUGGUGCUGUUUACUAUGGUAAACUUAAGGAUGGGAGAGAAGUUGCAGUGAAGCGACUUUACGAGCACAAUUGCAAGAGAAUGGAACAGUUUAAAAAUGAAAUUGAAAUUCUCUCUCGCCUAAGGCAUCGAAAUCUUGUUACCCUUUAUGGUUGCACAUCAAAGCACAGCCGUGAACUCCUCCUUGUUUAUGAAUACAUUCCCAAUGGAACAGUGGCAGAUCACCUGAAUGGGGAUAGAGCAAAGGACGGAUUCCUCCCAUGGCCUAUCCGCAUGAAUAUUGCUGUAGAAACUGCUUGUGCAUUGGCUUACCUCCAUGCUUCUGACAUAAUACAUCGCGAUGUGAAGACUAGCAACAUACUCCUCGACAGCAAUUGUUGUGUCAAAGUUGCAGAUUUUGGGCUUUCGAGACUUUUUCCGAAUGAUGCUACUCAUGUCUCAACUGCUCCUCAAGGGACUGCUGGAUAUGUUGAUCCAGAGUAUCAUGAAUGUUACCAGCUCACUGAUAAAAGUGAUGUUUAUAGUUUUGGUGUUGUCCUUGUUGAACUUAUCUCAUCAAUGCCUGCUGUUGAUAUUACUAGGCGUCGACAUGAGAUCAAUUUGGCCAACUUAGCAAUAAAUAGGAUUCAGAGAUGCGCAUUUGAUGAGCUAAUUGAUCCAUCUCUGGGAUUUAAAUCAGAUGCACAAGUUAUGAGAAUGACUACUUCAGUAGCAGAGCUAGCAUUUCAAUGCUUGCAGCUUGAAACGGACUUGAGACCAAAAAUGGAUGAAGUACUAGAGACACUUAAACAUAUUCAAGGCACCUAUACGGAUCAAAUCAAAGAUGAGAAGACGAAUGACUCAAUUGUUGAUAACACAGAAUGUAAUGGUGAAAAAGUCCCUACUUCUCCUACAUCAGAUAAAAUAGUUUUGUUAAAGAAAAUGCAUUUGCCACCUUCACCUAUUUCUGUAACUGAGAGGUGGGUUAGUAGCUGUGGCAGUAGUAAUGUUAGCGGGUGAAAUUCUUACACUCUUUGCUUUCAUUUCAACAUAAAUGUUACAAAUAUGUACUUAUUGAUAAUCUGUAAAGGAAUAAGUUGCUGAGACGUUCUUUUUAUCUUUAUUAGUUUUUACUCUUGUUCUUUGUU